UGAAAGUGCGGCGACGAUGGGUGUGUGCGUGCGAUGCAGCGGGGCGCGAGCUCGAGCAGGCAGACAAAGCGAGCGGGCCGCGGGCUAGAGUCGAGACGUCGACGCCGGCCUGGGCCAGAGGUGGCCACCUGGAAUCGCCCGCUGAGCGAGAGAGAGACAAGAGAGAUGAGGUGGAGCUGACAAGUCGAGGCGAGCGACGGACGGCGUCGAGGGUCGACGACAAAAGUCCACACACUCCUCACUACCAUUCCAUCAUCACCACCACCACCACCACCACCACCACCACCACCACUCCGCCGUCAUGUCAGACUCAGCGGCGCCUAGCGUCACUGUGAACAUCAAAGGCCCCUCCGAAAUCAAGCUCACAGUCAGCAUCGCAACCGACUCGACGGUCAAGCAGCUCAAGGAUGAGAUCGCAAAGCAGCGUCCGGACGUGCCCGCCGAGUCGCAACGCCUCAUCUACGCUGGCAAGGUACUCAAGGACGACAUGCCCUUGACCGAGUACAAGCUCCAGGAUGCGCACACGGUCCACCUCGUCAAGUCUGCUUCGCGCUCUGCGCCCGUGACUGGCAACCCAUCCACAGGGACGGCGGGGACCAGCGCAGCAGACAGCUCUUCGAACAACAACGCCUCUGCAGCCGCUGCCUCGUCUUCGCAGGGCAUCCCAUCCAACUUUGGCGCAGGUCAGCAGUUCACCAACAACCCGCUCGCAGCACUCAAUCGCGCUGAUCUGGCCGGACCGCACAUGGCACAGAUUGGGCGCAACAUGUUCCAGGGGACGGGUAUGAAUCCCAACGACCCUAAUAUGAUGAUCAAUGCGAUGGAGAGCCCCGAAUUUCAGCAGCACAUGCGCAAUGCCUUGAGGAGGCCAGAGGUCAUUGAUCAGAUGAUCGCCAUGCGCCCCGAGAUGCGUGCCAUGGAACCACAGCUGCGCCAAAUGCUCCAGAACGACAGCUUCGUUGACGCAAUGACCAACCCGCAGAUGAUGCGACGCAUGAUGGCGAUGCAGAACAUGAUGGGUGGAGGUGGCGGGCAGGGCGGAGGAGCAGGAGGAGCAGCUCCCUUCCCUCCGCCGGGCGCCUUUGGGACUCCUGGUGGGCCGGGCGAGCGUGGGACGACAGGGGGCCAAGAAGCAGGGGCAGGAGGGGCGACGUCAGAUGAUCCGCUUGCGGGCUUGUUUGGAGCAGGCGGUAUGGGAGGAGCGGGAGGAGCGGGAGGAGCGGGAGGAGCUGGUGGGGCAGGAGGCAUGUUUGAUCCUCAACUACUUCAACAGAUCCUCGGCGGCGGCGGCGGCGGCGAAGGGGGAGCAGGCGCAAGCCCAUUCGGCGGGGCACCAGGCGCCAAUCCUUUCGCAGCAUUUGGCGCGGGCCUGGGCGGCAGCGGCGGAGCAGGAGGCAUGUUCGGCGGCGGAGGAGGAGGAGCAGGUGGAGCUGCGGGCGGCGACACUCGACCACCUGAGGAGCGCUACGCCUCACAACUACAGUCACUGCGCGACAUGGGUUUCCACGACGGGCCUGCCAACCUGCGUGCACUCUUGAUCAGUGGCGGGAGCGUCGAGGGGGCCAUCAGCGUGCUUCUGGGCAAUUAGAGGGCAGAAGGACAGUAGACAGGGCUAUACCCUCCUCUCCUAGAGCUACGCGUGAGUGGGAGGCCAGUGAGACGCCACUUCGCUCCAUACAACGUCUGUCAAUUCCAAUCGAAGACCACUUUAUGCCACGACCUCCUCGUCAAUCUCACUCGCGCGGGUGCAGUGGCGGUUCCUGACUACUUUUUGCAAUGCGAAGCACUAGCU